GUUGAUAUCAACAAAUAUGGCAUUGAUUUAAGUGGGAUAACGACACUUACAUUUGAGGCGAAGGCAUGUCGAGAUGUUUCAAUUAUUAUGUCCAAUUCAGUUGAUGGAGAUUCCUCAAAGCCCAUGUAUGGUUUUAUUAUUGGUGGCUGGGCAAAUGGAAAAUCAGCUAUUCGAAAACGGUAUGACGAUUCACUAACAAAGGAUAGCAAGCAAAGCGUCAAAUACGACACCCCUGACGUUUGUAAAUGUGAUGAGUACCGACCAUUUUGGAUCAGUGCCAUAAACGGAGAUCUAAGGAUAGGAAGAGGACUUAUCAUUGGUAUAAAGGUUAUAGCUGAGUGGACCGACCCAAAUCCCUUUACAGUAAGAAGCAUAGGAAUAUACACAAAUCAUGAUAAUUUAGGAGAAUGGAAGGUACAAUUAGAAGUUGUAAACAACCUUUACGAUGGCAGAUUCUCUAGAUGUAAAACAAACUAUAAAGCAGACUUGACCAUUUUGUUCUCAAAGAAAAUACCAUUGUUGCAAUGUGCUGCCGUGUGUGAUACGCAACUCUCAUGCAUCGGAUUCAACUAUCAUAAUCAAAGCUGUGAACUAGUCGCAGUAAGUCCAGGUGUUAUAACACAGAUCCCUAAGAUAAAAGAAGACGGUUGGAAAUUUUAUACAAAAUGUUACAGAUACGAUAGUGCAUGUCUUUGGUGUAACUUCUGAUGUUGCUUUUCGCCAUCUUAGAGUUUGGUGUUGCUUCUGAUGUAUGGAUGUUACUUUAUUCAACUAUAUACUUCACUCGACUUGGUGUCACUUCUGGAUGAUGAAUAUUACUUAUGACGGGCUGGUGUUACUUCUAGAUACCGCGUGUCAGUCGACAUUGUGAAUAUUCUGGAUGUUGAAUGUAACAUCCAACGUGCUGAUACCUCUUCUGGAGACUUGAGUGACAGUCGACAUAUUGAUUCUUCUGGAUGUUGAAUGUAACACCUAACGGACUGAUACUUCUUCUGGAGACUUGAGUGACAGUCAACAUUGUGAUUCUUCUGGAUGUUGAAUGUAACAUCUAACGGACUGAUACCUCUUCUGGAGACUUGAGUGACAGUCGACAUAUUGAUUCUUCUGGAUGUUGAAUGUAACAUCUAACGGACUGAUACUUCUUCUAGAGACUUGAGAGACAGUCGACAUUGUGAUUCUUCUGGAUGUUGAAUGUAACAUCUAACGGACUGAUACCUCUUCUGGAGACUUGAGUGACAGUCGACAUAUUGAUUCUUCUGGAUGUUGAAUGUAACAUCUAACGGACUGAUACUUCUUCUAGAGACUUGAGAGACAGUCGACAUUGUGAUUCUUCUGGAUGUUGAAUGUAACAUCUAACGGACUGAUACUUCUUCUGGAGACUUGAGUGACAGUCGACAUAUUGAUUUUUCUGGAUGUUGAAUGUAACAUCUAACGGACUGAUACUUCUUCUGGAGACUUGAGUGACAGUCGACAUUGUGAUUCUUCUGGAUGUUGAAUGUAACAUCUAACGGACUGAUACCUCUUCUGGAGACUUGA